AUGAAGCUAUCCCCAAGGAGUUUGCCCUUUAUUUUCCCCAUUUUGACGUUUUUCCUUUUUCUCUUUAAGUAUGGCUUGGUUACGGGACUGUACGAAACGAAGGCGUACCCGCUGAUUCACCUAAUGACGAACAGAAACACAUAUGUUGGGUCGAGCAACUAUAUGAUUAAAAGCAAUUUGAUUAACCUACUGACCCUUUACAAAGAUGUCAAAUUUGAAGGACAAUAUUCCACCAUAGAUGAUCUGCUAGACGUGGAUGACGAAACAAAAAUUGAACGGCUGCUGGAGGAAAGAAUGAAGACCAUCAGUAAACAUGUGAACACACGACAACUCGUUAAAUAUUCUGGGUUUAUUCACUUGUACGAAAUUGUGCAUGCUAGCAAUUUUUAUUUUUUUCUUCACUUUCUCAUGAGAAAUAAUAACAAUGGUGUGGUGAUAGUGGUGCCGGAAGAUUUGCACAUAGACAGGGAGGAGUACCUGCGAGUUAAUAGCGUGGCGCUUGCAGGUAGCGCAACAACUGAUGGUCGAAGCAGCAAUGACCGAAGCAGCCAUAACCUCGUCACCGAUGACCUGCUGGAGAAGCGCAUCCUGUUCAUGCAAAAGUUCCUGCUAAACUUUAAGCUAAACCAACCGGUCUAUUUCGUACAAAACAACAAGGAGGUGGAACGCAUUUACCAAAACUACAAGGGAAAGUUUGGCUUCUUCGACUUGACCAGAAAUGUGAGCAUCAUGCCACUAGCGAAAAAUCAACAGAGAAAUAAUAUAAGCGCAAAAAACGUCUUCUAUUUUCUAAGUAAAGAUAAUAUCCACAUCAAGACUGUGUUUAAUAAGACCCAGAAUAAUGAAACCUUUCUCUUUACAAAAAAGAAAACCCUUGUCAUCGCAGUGGAUUACAAUGUCUUUAACCUUAUAAGUGCUUACCCCCCCCAUAGCACAGCGACAAAUACACAAGUGAUUGCCAUGACGGAAUUAAUAAAAUUAUUUUCUCAUGUUUAUAAAAACGAGGACGUCAACUACAACAUCCUAUUUUUAUUCACCAACUAUUACUUUGGUAUAGAUCAUUUUCUCGAUUCCAUGAAUGUCAUAUUUAGGGAAAACAUCGAGUUCGUUUUAACUCUGGACAAUUUGAACGAUGCGAAUUUUUUUAUUCACCAAAGUAAGAAGUUACCACCAAAUCAUUUGAUGCGUUUUUACGAUAUACUGAAAGGAGUGGUGAAGAAAAAUCUCAAAAUGGAAAUCCAAUUCAAGGAAGAAAAAAUAAAAACGCAUAGCAAACAUUUGCCAAGGCUCCAUGAAUAUUUCGAAUUGAAAAAUAUGGAUAGCAUAACGUUAAGCGCAAAAGAGUUGGUCUUAAGCUUUAUUCACAAGACACCCAUGAUAGAGCAGAAGAUAAAACCAGACCAGGUGUCGGCGCAUAUUAAAAAUAUAUUCGAGGCAUUGUAUGUAUAUGUAAAAUCGUCCAAGGAGGAAAAUUCAAAGGAGAAGAAAGACCUACACAAAGAUGUGCUUAAGUAUACCAACCAGAUGAUAGACACUGAAAAAUUUAUCCACCUAAAUGAAAGCCUUAACAAAUUUAUGAAAUUUUUUGUGUACCAGGACGAGGUUGGCAAGUUCAUUAAUCACAUAAAGACGAUUGUCAAUCCAUUUGUCACCGAUUCGAAUUUUCUCAUCGUGGAUUAUAAAAUCCCACACGAUAAGAAACAGAAAUACUUUCAUCAAAAGAGUGCCAUCAUCAGUUUUUCCAUGGCCAUUUCCUACACCUUCCACUACCUCCAUUUUUUGGUUGUUGCCCUCUUUUUAGCACUUGUCUACAUUUUUGUAAAUUUCCAUGCUGUCCCCUCGUUUUACAAAGCGAAGGUUAAGUAA